GUGCAACCUGGCAGGAGGUGGAGGAGGAUGAUGCCCGGAUCAGGCUGCCCGCCGCUCCGUCUCUGCGCCUCAGACCCGGCGCACACUCGCCUCUCAUGGUCCUGCUCCCGGGGACACUAAGCGCACCAUGCGGCUGUUCAUCGUAUCCACUCUGCUGCUGCUCUCCUUCAGCUCAGGGCUGGCUCUGCAGAUCCAGUGCUACCAGUGUGAGGAGAUGACCCAUGACUGCUCCACGCCCGAGUUCAUCGUCAACUGCACCGUCAACGUGCAGGACAUGUGCCAGAAGGAGGUUCUGGUGAUGGGCGAUGGGAUACACUACCGCAAGUUGUGCGCCUCAUCAGGAGCCUGUCUCAUCGCUUCGUCUGGCUACCAGCAGUUCUGUACCGGCAAGCUUAACUCAGUGUGCAUCACCUGCUGCAACACGCCGCUGUGUAACGGACUGCGGCAAAAGAAACGACCCCAACCGUCAGCUGCCGUUACCCUGAACACAUCGCACCUCAAUGUGUUUUCUCUUUACAUCCUCCUACUGCCCUCCACCCUGUGCUGACAGAGCUCCACAGUGUGUAAGAUGAGCAUUGGCAGUGGAGACAACAUGAACUGUAUUUAAUGAGACAGUUAAGAGCGCAUACUGUGAAAUGUAUUUUCUUUUAGGUUGGGGAAGCUUUGCAAAGUAUUUGUUCUCUUGACUCACUUUCCGUUGCAGCUGGCAUCCAAAGGCUCAAAUUGCGAAAUGUUAUAAUCACGUGUUCAUGUAACAAACAAGGUCAUCAUCAAGGACAGCUGGGCGGGGUGAGGUGGAGGACAGUGCCGAGGAACAGCUUCUGGCUUUUUUGUUGGGCAGCAGGUGGCUCAUUCUUUGUUUACUUGCAUAACAAGAACAAAUACAACAUAUUGAAGGUAAUAAAGCGAGGUCGGAUUCGUCAUACUCAGGCUUAGAAUAACUUUAGAAUAAAUAAGUCUGAUUUCUUCUAAAUGAGAUCCGUUAUCAUGAGCAUCACUAAUUUUGCUGUAAUGCUGAACUGAAAAUGUAUCGUAUGUAUGACAAUGAUACGAUUGAAUGAUUUUGAAAAAUAAGUCAGGAAAAGUCUUUGUGUAAAGGAAAACAUAAUCUAGUUCUUAGAAUAAAGCCACCUACAGCCCUCAUAACUCUCACAGAUACAACAUCUUCUCAUGGGUAGACGCAUAAAAAAGUGCUUUACCUUCCUCCAAUGGUUUGUAACAAGCAUUACCGUCUGCUCACAAAAGUCUUCAUAUAGCUAAAAGAGCAUGUUGUACACAACUCUUUUUUUUUUAACUAGUUCCAAGAUAUUCAUAGCAUCUCUGGUGGCAACAAUGGAACUGUUUGAAGUGAAGAGGAGCAGCAGUACUUCAGUCCUUUAGUGGAGGGACUUUUCAAAUUGUUGUUUAAGAUGUUUCCUAUGAUCAGUGAAUAUGACGUGUGGCAAACAACAGUAUGCUAUGCAUACCUCUAUUCAGAGCCGCAUUUAUUAUGAACAGAGGUAAUGUGAUGUGCAAACCAUUCAAGAAGUUGGUUUUUCCCAUUGGGUUUUUCAGGGGUCAGGUGUUAGGUUUGGAGGUGACCUGACCUUAAAGGAACCCUCUGGAGUUGUGUGUGUGUGUCCUUGGAGUCGAACAAACACGUUGAGUAUAUUUCUAAAGACAAUUUUUUGAGACCUGCGCUGCUUUUUGUUUCCGCCAGCUAAUGGAACAUAAGCACGGGGAACGAUGCUUGUCUGCACUGGAAGCUUGAAUCUUGCAGUUGCUGAAUCCGUCUUCAUUUGACAAGUUAGUUAAAAACGUUUUCCAGGAGUUUCGCACUUGACGCCCCUAAUUUAAAUAAAGUAGCCCAGGGACAAAUUAUAUUGAGGAGCAGCAAGCGCGUAUCAGUAUAUACUUUACCCUUUCAAGAAAAAUAACAUCAUAUCUUGUUUAGGAAUAAAGUGACAGCACCCUCUAGCAGCUGUCGGAAUUAUACAAAAUUAGACUUUAAACAAGUGGCGAUGAAUGUCCUCCCAGUACAAAACUUCUGCUUUAUUUUAUGUGUCAUUGAGUCAUCUGAUUGUUUACUGCUGACUUGGUGCAUGCACUGUAAAAUGUAUUGGUUUGCUCAGGCUGGUGUACUUUUUUCCCCAUUGAACAUAAUGAAUUCCUGCUUUCUCCUCAAGACAUUUUUUCUAAUUUACUUCAUUUACUUCCUGACUUUUUAAAAUUUGACUGAUGUUGAACGGACUGCACAAUAACUGUUUAGCCCUGUGCAGUCAACAAAAGAGUGAAACGAGUCACCGCUUCUUAAUCACUGUAUAUACCAUUUGUGUACUAUUGUGACACCCACGAGAAGCAGGCCAAAUCGCUGCUCUAUAGCACCCCCAGUGGUCAAAUGCUGGGUACCUUUAACUUCAACUCAACGUGUUGGGUCUUCAUGCUAAACUGAUCAUUUGAGCUUUUGUAUAAUCUUUACUGACUUGAUAACAAGUUCACACUUGAGGAGAGCCAUGAAGCUUGCUAUUGUGCCAAAUUGUCAGCUGAGCCUGAUCUUUUAAAGAUAUACCUGACUUAACGUUUGGUACUGUUUUAACUGUGAAUAUUUCAGUUGUUUUCUGAUGGCAGCACAAGAAUCAUCGAGUUGUUUUGACUGUUCACUGUGUUGCAUUAAAUUGUACAUUAUACUUCA